AUGCGCUCAGUUCAUGAAAGAUUAGCGGCAACGAUUGCGAAGAGAAAGAAUGACCGACAAAAUUUUGAAUUUUGGAGCGCAUUGCCUGAAGAAUUGAGGAAAAAGUGUAUUGGGACAAUGGAAUUACAGGCUAGAUGCCGCCUCCGCGCCACCUCGAAAACCAACAAAAAGCUGGUCGAAUCGUUAGAAUUAGAUGUUGAAACCCUAGUUCUGGAUGGAGAGAAAUCCGUAAUAAAGCUCAAAUAUAGAGAUGGAGACGGCGUCCUUCGCUGUAUUUUUUGUGUAAGCAAUUCUUCUGGCUUCGAAUCAGGCAUUUAUUUGAUUGGAUGGUUAAUGAAAAGUGCGACAAUCAAACACAUGCAGAUAAUGCGAUUUCGUUCGACAUCAAUUACCGAGGUCGAAAAACAAAUAAUCAAUAAAAUGGUUCCUCAUAAAUCAUCUCGAAUCUCUGCAUUACACAUCAGUGACUUCAAUGAUAUCAUUUUUUUCUUUCUGGAGAAGAUGUGGACGAAAAUGGAUCGCAUGAAAAUUUGGGUGCGUGGUGGUUCUGACUAUUCGUUCGAUCAACUCAUGAAAAUUCCAUCGUUCGACUACGUGAAACUCUUCGAAACAUCGAAUUUUCUUUCAAAUUACAAAAAUCCAUGCGCCGUGAAUGCAUAUUUUCCAAUCAUCCAAACUUGGGUCGAGAAUAACGCGCCAGUCGGCAAGAAAUUGAUGGCUUUAGAUGUUAGAAGAAAUGGGUUUAGUUCGUUCGUCAAACGAUUUAAAUCUCUACUUAUCUCACAAGGACACUCUGAAGUGGUCAAAGCCCCUGUCGCUCGCAUCGGAACCAAUAAUCCAUCGAAGCAUAUUCUGGGCAGCCUCAUUGAAGGAAAUGACAAGUACAAGCUCAUUUGUGUUAUAAUUCCAGCAUGUCUGUCACCAGAUCUCUAUCACAAAUACAUCAACUCACUCCACUAA